AUGCCCAAUGAACCAAACAGUCCUAUUGAGGGGCAAGCCUUGACAAGACGGGCAUGUAGGGUAAAAAGCUCAACCCACGAGCAGGAGAACGGACCAAAGCAACAUACUUUCCAGAGUCCGGUGGCAGAGCAUUGUGAAUGCAAGCUGAGUAGUGAUGCUCGGUCACGGGACUACAAUGCAGAUGAGGUUGAUCCAACAUGUACAAACAAUUUAAGCUUAGAAGAUUCCACAGUAGAUUUAGUUUGGCACUAUCUCCCCAAAAUACAAAAGAUUUCUAGUCGCUCAAACCUCCGUAGUAUGUUUGCUAUCCCAUUGAUAUCCAAAAGUAGUGUCAAGUGUGACCUUCCAGUCUCCUACAAUGAAUCAUCAAGUCUCAGCAACAGCAGUCUACCGCUUUUUGAUUUGAACUCUAUUGCGAGACAUACUAGCGGCAGUCAUAGAACCCGUCAUUCUCGUAUUACUUUGGGCGGUCAAAUGAGUGGCUUGCAGUGGCUGCGACAUACGAAUACAGCAUCAUCACCAUCCGAUACAGACAGCUGUGACUCUGAUUCAAGAAACCUAGUCAUUGGAUGGAAUACGGAUAUGGGCGAAUCCAAGGCAUUUCAGUUUGCUUGUAAAAGAGCUGCAGAACACAAGGGAAUUUUGCUGCAACAUACUCAAGACACAUACGGUACAACACGACUGGAUGGACCAUUGUGUAAACGAGUUCGAUUCAAUGACAGCAUGACCCUGAAACACGAAUACACUCCCGAGGUUGAUCAAGAUGACUUCAGAUCAAGCAUUGAAGGCAGUUGCGAUAACGACUCGGACCAACAAGUAAACGAACCAACCUAUCCCUGA